AUGGGUGCUGAUGGACAUUUUCGAGUAACUUUGUCCCUACGAAGGGAACCAGCUGCUGGUCCAGUUUACUGCAAAAUGGAAACAUCGGCGAGAUUUCGACAGUUGAAGACCGUGAAAUUGAGCUGUGAGGCUACAUAUCGUUUGGACAUCAGCUUCAAACCGCCGCAAUUAUUAGAGUCCCUCAGCAUAGGAGGAAAACAAGUGGAAACGAUUGAACGUGCCCGGGAUGGAACAGCCUGCGCUUAUAGUGCUUAUUAUAGCACGAAGGGCAUACCGGCAAGCGCUCGUGGUCAUCGUGAAGAAUUGUCGAUAGCAAUGCGUGUAUUGGGUUCCGGUUAUCUCACUACUUGCCUGCAAAUCAAAUAUUACCGCCAGGAUGGUCAGAGCCAUUGUGAAUGGGGUGCUAGGUUACACUGUAUCGAAUUGGACUGUUCAAGCGUAGAAGGUAGAUUAGUUACAGUAGAUCGGGAAACUUACAGAAAACUUGGCAUAGAAUCCUAGCAGUCGGUAGGUGUUAAUGUUAUAAAAGCCAUUACAUAGCGAAAGCGGCUAAUAUCUGUUUCUUAUUAUAAGAAU